CCGCUGGUUUUUCUCCCCAAAGACUGCGCUCAGGGACAGUGUUGUAGCUUUGCUCCUGCUCCCGGCUAGCUUCCUUGGGGGUGGAGCUUGUGAAACCGGAGGAGCGUUCCUGAGAACCCUCCUUUGAGUGUGGGUCCUGAGAGAGUACCUGGCCAGACUUCAAGCUGGUGGCCACAGCCAAGAAAUAACUGUGCCACCUAGAUAUUGAACCACUCAGGUUGUGCCCCCUUUACUACCCAUGCUCAGUUCUCAGCUAAUUUGAAAGGGUACAUUGGUCAGGACUUCUGGAGAAGAGGUGCUGAGAAUUGGUGCCCCACUGAGUGGCUAUCCUUUCGGCUGGGAGGCUGAGAAAGUUGUCCCCACGGAAACAGUGGUCUCCAUGGUCCUUCAAAUGCCUGGAAUUGGACUUUGGACAGGGUGCUAAAAUGCUUGCUUGCUUUUGCGUCGUCCAAGUUUUACAGCACAUAUAUUGAUUGGAAUUCUGAGCCAAUCAAGAAUCAAGUUCAAAGUGGUACUCCCGGGCUCUCCAUCCCAGACUCCAACAAGUCUAAUUUGAGACUAGAAAAGAGGCUUUUCUUGCUCUAACUAGUAGAUCUCCGUUUGGAAUUGGCCUCUACAGCUUUCCUAACCAGUACUUGGACUGCAGUGACUACAGGUUUCUCUUAGGAGGUGGGGAGAAGGUUCUCUGAAGACCAGACCAAAACGCCAGAAACUUGACAAUGGACCGAGUUUAUGAAAUUCCUGAGGAGCCAAGUGUGGAUCCGAUUUCAUCUCUGGAGGAAGAUGUUAUCCGUGGGGGCAACCCCCGGUUUACCUUUCCAUUUGGCAUCAUUUUCUCCACCUUUUUGUACUGUGGGGAGGCUGCAUCUGCCUUGUACAUGGUUAGAUUCUAUCGAAAAAAUAGUGAGACCUACUGGAUGGCAUACACCUUUUCCUUCUUUAUGUUUUCAUCCAUUAUGGUCCAGUUGACACUCAUUUUUGUCCACAGAGACCUGGCCAAAGACAAGCCUCUAUCAUUGUUCAUGCAUCUAAUCCUCUUGGGACCUGUUAUCAGAUGUCUGGAGGCCAUGAUUAAGUACCUCACACUGUGGAAGAAAGAAGGGCAGGAGGAGCCCUAUGUCAGCCUCACCCGAAAGAAGAUGCUAAUAAAUGGCGAGGAGGUGAUGAUAGAAUGGGAGGUGGGACACUCCAUCCGGACUCUGGCUAUGCACCGCAAUGCUUACAAACGUAUGUCACAGAUCCAAGCUUUCCUGGGUUCAGUGCCCCAACUGACGUAUCAGCUCUAUGUGACUCUGAUCUCUGCAGAGGUCCCCCUGGGUAGAGCUGUGCUAAUGGUCUUUUCCCUGAUAUCUGUCACCUAUGGGGCUACUCUCUGCAAUAUGUUGGCUAUCCAGAUCAAGUACGAUGAAUACAAGAUUCGCCUUGGGCUGCUAGAAGUCCUCUGUAUCACCAUCUGGAGGACAUUGGAGAUCACUUCCCGUCUGCUGAUUCUGGUGCUCUUCUCAGCCACUUUGAAAUUGAAGGCUGUGCCCUUCUUAUUGCUCAACUUCCUGAUUAUCCUCUUUGAGCCUUGGGUUAAAUUUUGGAGGAGUGGUGCCCAGAUGCCUAAUAACAUUGAAAAAAAUUUCAGCCAGGUUGGCACCCUGACAGUGCUGAUUUCCAUUACUGUUCUCUACGCUGGCAUCAACUUCUCUUGCUGGUCAGCUUUGCAGUUGAAGUUGGCAGACAGGGACCUUGUUGAAAAAGGUCAGAACUGGGGACAUAUGGGCCUGCACUAUAGUGUGAGAUUGGUGGAGAAUGUGAUCAUGGUCCUGGUUUUUAAGUUCUUUGGAGUGAAAGUAUUACUGAAUUACUGUCAUUCCUUGAUUGCCUUGCAGCUUAUUAUUGCUUACCUGAUUUCCAUUGGCUUCAUGCUCCUUUUCUUCCAAUACUUGCAUCCACUGCGCUCACUCUUCACCCACAACAUAAUGGACUACCUCCACUGUGUCUGCUGCCACCAGCACUCUCGGGGCAGGGUUGAGAACUUGGAGCCAUCCUUUGAUCCUGAAGAAAGGCAAAGCAUUGUCUGAUUCUAUCUUCUGGGUAUUUGGAAAUGGGUUUAAUGUGGCCAAGAGCAACUGUGAAAUUGAAGGAGAGAAUGAGGCUCAGAGGUGACUACUCACCAGGACAUUUUCUUGAGUUUUCUGGUAAACCUUU